AUGCUCUCGCAAACCCUCUUGUCGCUAGUGGCUGCAGCCCCAGUUUUCGCUGGUCCAAUUGCCUUCUUGAACACUCAGCGCUCGUAUCAACCAGUUGCUGGACUUGAUCUUGCACCUUAUGGUGUCGAAUCUUGUGCGGCAGCAAGCGAGGCUCAGUACUUCUCAUGUGAAGCGCCAUCGGCUGUUUCCAACACUUCGUGCUGCUACGAAAACUUUGGAAUCAUCAUGCAGACGCAAUUCUGGGACUUUAACACCACCGCCCUUGCCGAAGCUAACAGCUCUUGUGCCGGCAACCCUACUCUUCUCAGACCUAACAAGAAAAAGGCAGGCUCGGACCAAGUUUGUCUUGACUCUGUGAAGUCUGCCGACAACGAUGAUGUGAGCCAGGUGUUCACGAUCCACGGUCUCUGGGACGACUUGUGUGACGGCUCGUACCACCAAUUCUGUAACCCAGACUUGGAGAUUGCCGACUCGGAGAGCAUUGCAGAUCUCCUUGUCAACGAAUUUGGUAGACGUGACUUGCUUGAUGUUAUGGAGAAAUUCUGGAUCAACAACGACAAGUCUAAUGUGCAAGGUGGUGGAUCCGCUAGUCUCUGGGAACAUGAGUUCAACAAGCAUGGAACCUGUUUCAACACCUUGGCUCCAUCCUGUUUCACUGGCAACUACACCCGCCACCAGAACGCCGUGGCAUACUACCAGAAGGUCAUUGAGGUAUGGAAUGACUUGCCAACGUACGCCUUCUUGCAAGGUGCUGGAAUUGUGCCUACAACUGAAGGCCAAUACGCUUUGCUGGAUGUCCAGGCUGCCUUGGCCGCUAACCAUCAAGGUAUGGAUGUUUACGUCGGAUGCCAGAACAACUCCAUUUCUGAAAUCUGGUACUACCACCACGUCAAGGGUAACGUGUUGGAGGGCGAGUACAUGCCUGUGAACUCGUUGACCAACAGCACUUGUCCUAAGCAUGUGUGGUACAUUCCAAAGUAG